GGCUCAACCGUACAACACCUUCGACACUGCCCCGGGCUACGAGGGCAAGGGGCAGGAAUUCUUGGGACUGGCCGGAGCGCCACAGAAGAAGCGGUUGAACCUGAACGCCUUGGCCGUGAUCUUGAACAUGCUCCUGCCUUGGACUGUGUUCAGUGCCAUCUGCUGGGCUUUGUCCUUCUCGCUGCACUACAAGGCGCCUUGGGCUGCCUGGGGUAGCGUUGCUCUGGGUAUUGGAAUCGUGGCCUGGAGCGCGCGGCUGGCCAUGCGAGCAGACGCGUCAGAGAAGUGGCACUCCUUCUUCACCGUGGCCACAUUGGUAGCAGUCCUGAUGGCAACUGCCUGCGGUGAGUGGAACUACAGGACCUACAACUCGGCCGUCUACGACCUCAACAACAUGAACGCCUACCCAGCUGUCAGUCCGGCUGGCCACAAGGGGCAGCAGAUGAUGGAUGCAGGUCGUGUCUACUUCAAAGAGGGGACUUCGCUGGACCUGAAAAAAGCAAUGAGCUUCAAGAACUCAGACACCUACUGUGUGGCACCAAUCACCUUCGGCCAGGACCAAAUGCCAUCCUACGACUACUGGGCCAUCGGUAUGAACUGCUGUGAGGGUCAGACUCCUGACUUCCGCUGUAGCGAGUACAACAACGCGCAUGCGCGAGCAGGGCUUCGCCUCAUGAGCGACGAUGAAAGGCCUUUCUAUCGCCUUGCGGUGCAGCAGGCAGAGGCUGCAUACAACAUCAGGGCAGAGCACCCCAUGUUCUUCCACUGGGUACAAGAUCCUGUUGCACUCAUGUCUGCAUGGACGGAUGCGGCCACCAGGUUCGUGAUGAUGAGCAGCUUCUGCUUCUUCGUCCUGAACUUCUUCUGCGUGUCCUGCGCUGUGGUGGUCUUCUCAAAGAUGGGUGGCUACUGA